UUCGAACUGGUUUCUCGUGACAAGUCCUAUGACAGUCGGAUUGUGGAUACAAACACUUGCAGGUGUGCAGUCAUGGCAAGCAACACGUUCCCGACCGUAGUACAGGGCGAAGCAUCUGAAACAGACUCGGAUGAUGAAGUAUACAUCACCUCUGUCCCACCUGUGCAGUCAUCCUCAUUAUUAUCAGGGAUGAAGGUGGCAGGAGAGGCAUCAGAGACAGACAGUGAGGAUGAGGAGCAGAGAGCUCUCAGACUGGCCUCUGAAAACCAACAACAGAUGCUCCGUAAAGAUUUACCGCCUCUCAUCGUGAUCAGAAACACACCUGCAUCUGUAUCCGGACUAGAGGACCGAUCACCUCUGUCCAGACCCUGUCCCGAUUCAGGCCGGUUUAACACAUUACUCCAGCAGAAACUGCAGGAGAGCAAUGCACGACUGUGUGCAGAUGUCAAUCAAAGCCUGAGACAGGUGUAUCAGAAUGCUGCCAGAGAUAUAAGACAGGCCACCACUCAUCUGAACAACUCUCAAACCGGCAUCAUCAAUGCGUCCCAUAGCAUUAGACUCAUACUGGACGAUCUCAAGUCAGUGUCAGAGAAAAUCGACAUCAUUACGAGCUGUCAUUUAUUGCCCGACAUCACCAUGCCAAACCCUGUGUCUGGACAGACAUAAUGCAUGCACAUUAUCAGAUGUCUAAAAGCAAGCUGAGAGAGCUAUGCAUGCACUCUACAUAAAAUGUUAUCUUUUUUUUAGUAUUAUUAAUGCCAUUGGGUCUGUGGUUGGCCUAUUUAAGGUCCUAUAUACAGUAAGUUUUACUAAAUUAAGUGUUGAUUGUGUCAACACUGGAAAGGGGGCUUCGGAAUGGCUCUUAAUUUAAGAUUUAUUUUGAAAUUAUUAAGUUUGUAAUUUUGCUUUAAUUAUAUUUGCUCAAUGCACACUAAUAAUAAGACUGCAAAAAUAAAUUAUAUACAGGAACUGUAAAAGUUGAACAGAAAAUCUGAUGUAGGGCUGAUUUACAAUAUUAUCAAUAUUUAGUCAAAUCAACCACAUACCAAAAACUUCCCCAGCUGAAAUGUUUGAUGUUGUAAAUACUUUUUCUAAAGAAGGAUAAACACAAGUAUGAAAGGCAAGCUAUUAAAACCCAUGGAUCAAUAUUUACUGAGUAAUCCAUUAUUUUGUAGAGGGGGUAAAUUAUUGCCUACCUUUAAAAAAUAACCAUGAAUAAAUAAAAAUAACUGGAAAAAAGGAAUGUUUGAUCUGAACCAGAAAUUGAAAAUUAUAUCUUUCAUUUUUCUGGAGUUACAGGCACUCCAACAUUGAAAAACAACACACACAGAAAAGAAAAAAAAAAAAUUUUUGGACACACAGUUUGCAUAUAAAACAACAAGGGGUGUUGAAGUCAACUGAUUUUAGUAAUAUAUUUACCUACCUCUUAAAUGUUUAUCUGUGAACUAAUGAUGUUGCCACCUUUCUAAGAUUGUUAUAUAUAUAUAUAUAUAUAUAUAUAUAUAUAUAUAUAUAUAUAUAUAUAUAUUUAUAUAAAUGUAGUUUUGCUCCAAACUCAUAGGUGAAAAUUGUCAUUUUGACUCCCUUCUACAAAAUAAUGGAUUACUCAGUAAAUAUGAAUCCAUGGCAUUUAAUACAGGGUUCCCACUCAUUUCAAGGGACAAUUUUCCAGGACAUUUCCAAAACAUUUUCACAAAAACACAAGAGAGGUCAUGAUGUAUUUCAUACAUUCAUUUUGAAGUGCACAGUGCGUGCAGAUUAUAUAUUUAUUCAAUUAAAUCACAGCAUUUUGAGGUUUAAUAAUCACACUAGGACGUAUCGUGAUUUUAAUUUGAUUAUUUGUGCAUUCAAACAUUCAUUUUCAUCCCAAAUAUCUCAAAUUCUUUGACAUUCCUUGUUUUAUAGCUAAUGCUAUUUUUAUUACUGGAUUAGGAACUCCAUCCGUGUUUUCCGCAUUGCAGAAAUCAUAGGGCCCUACAUGUGGUGUUAUAAGCGGACUCUGAUUGUUUAAUAAUUUUAAAUAAAUUCACAUCCCAAGGUGUAAAGAUCGCAUCACGACUUUUCCAUGAGUGGAAAACUGCAUUGCAAAUCUCCAGGUUUUCCAGGACGUUUGGGAACCCUGUAAUAUUUUGCCUUUCAUCAUCAUUUAUGUUUAUCUGUCACCAGCAAAAAAUUAUCAACAACAACAUUUUUGAGACUUACUGUAUGUCUCUGCAGAACAAAAAUGGGCUUUUUCCAAUCAAUGGGUGUUUUCAAACCACUGACAUUCCCUACUUUCAUUGGAUAGUUUAGAAACGCCCAUCCCGGUUUGAAAACGCCCACAGAUUGGAAAACGCCCAUUAUUGUUCUGCAGAGACCUAUACUUGAAAUUGUGAGAUAGGGACCUCUGGUUGAAUUGACAAUUUCACAAUUAAAAAAAAAAAAAAAAAAAUGACAAUCAGAGAUCUAUGUUUAGAAAUUUUAUUGAAACGCACAGUUCUGUUUUAGGGCCGCUGGAUUCCAGUGCUGACAGAAUAAAUGUGUGCUAGUGUAGACAUAUUAAAAAUAUGAAAAUUUAUGAGUGGAGAAUAUGAAAGCUUCAUAGAACCACUGUGAUCAGAAUUACUAUCACAAGAAGAAAAUACAACAGAUAUAAACAUUUACCAAUUUUUUCCAUGGGGAGAGAUAAUCAAUUUGCUACAUAUAAUUUGAAACGCUUGCAGCUAAAUUUGAAAGGCACUUCAAUGACAAUUUUACCUACUCCAGUGAUACAGGCAUUCCGAUUGGUUCACAUAACCAAUCUGGGUUUCUAAACCUUAAUAAGGCACUGCCCAAAAGAUUGGACCAGGCAACACUUUGUCUUCUUCUAUAAAGCUUAUCUUUUCACUAUAUACUGUAUUUUCAGACACAAUCUUAAUAUAUUGUUUUAAAGGAUGCUGAUGUUGCACCUUGAGUAGAGAUGUGCAAAUAUGUAAUAAUGAUUCAUAAAGCAAUAUAAAUAAAUCUUUGAUAAAUGUUUUGAUGGACAGUACUAAUUACAUCAAUAGUAUCAAAAAAGUUAGUUUUCCCACUCUCCCUACAGUCAGACAUAUAACACACACGUAAAAUCUCUCUUGUGCUAGUGUGCACAGUUUUGUCAAACUCAAAGAGAUGCUCAACAGAUGUGCAAACACUUUGUCCUGCACAUACAAACGUUCGGGAUAAGACACGCUACAUGUUGAAUCUCACACACAUACAUUCGCACACAGAAAUAAAGUCACAAAAUGUAAUUAGUAUAGAUAUAUUCAGAGACUGAAAAUGUCAGGGUUUAGUGACAGCAACAUAUAAACUAAAAACAAAUGUUGCUAUCUAAAUUAUAACACCGAGAAUGAAAGAUAAUAGUAAAGGACUGAUAGUACAGUAUCAAUGCUACAAAAGCGUUAGUUUUCAGGUAAACAACUAAACCAAAACAAACUGAUCUGAAAAAUACAAAAAAAUGUAUGGUAUUGAUAAGAACUCUAAAUAAUACAUUCAAAUACGAACAAAGGUACUUUAAAGAUUUUAAAAAGGCAAAAGAAAAAAACUCUCUCCGUACAGGAGUCUCACAUUCUGUUGUUGUCAUUUAUAGUGCUUUUACAAAAGGAAAAUAGUAUUGUGUUCCAAAAUAGUUCUUCUUAAAUGUGCAAAAAAGAAAAAAAUACUACUUUCUGUUAAAGGUUAUGUACUCUGUCCUCCAUUAUUAUAUCUUACAAUAUAUGUGAGAUUUCAAUUAGAAAAUAUUGCACGUUAAAAUGUAAUUUGUCCAGUCAUGAUGGUGUAUGAUGGUGAGCUGAUGUCAUAAAUGAUCGUCCAGUUGAUCAGGUCAGAUUAUAGGUCAAGUCAGAGGAUUUGGGUUGUUUUAAUCAGUCAAGGAAGAAUUUGUCUGACCAUAAAGGACCGUCCCACAAUAUAUUUCAAUCCAACAUAAAUUAUGGAUUGGCUUCCCACCCACAAUUUUUUAUUUAAAUGUAUCCUUGCCUUAUAUCUUAAGAUGUGUUCCAAUUCAAUAUUUAUAUAUAUCCCUGGAUCCUUACUUUGACAUUUGGGAUUUUACCAGAAUGGUUUGUCAAUUGAUCUUCUCAAGAAGAUCCAAGAAAUACUACAGAUAAUCUUUGAAGUGACAAAAGUGUAAAAGCUAGGCAACAACUUGAAUGAAACUAUAUAACAAAACCAACUGCUGUUGACAUGUUCUCAUACUUGCCGUAACCUGGUUGUUAUAUAAUUAUAUAAUUACUGUAUAUAAUAUAUUGACAGGUCUGAUUGUCUGAUUGGUCACGUCAAAUGGCAGAUAUGGGCUGAUUGAUUAGAGAAAAAAAUCGAAUUGGUUAAAUAUAGGCAUCACAAUGGCAGCAGUCCAACUGGUCCAGUCAUAAAAUGGGUGAGAUCUGAUUGGUCAGGUCAUAUAAUGGGUGAUAGCUCUCAAAGCAUAGAGCAAUUCCGCCUGCAUGCGAGCCUCCAUUAGAAGCAAAUUCACAUGAACCUGAAUGAAAGAAAAAGAGUUCAGAAUAUCAGCAUAUUUAGAACAAAAUGGAUAUUGGCUUUUUCUCAUUUGCAGUUUGGGGUUCUGAUGACCCCUUUAGUUUGUGAAUAAGUUAGGUUUUAUUAGAAUCUGUUAGAAUCAAUAAAUUAAGAAAAUAUA